AUGAAGGUAAUGUCUGUUCAGGUUUUGGUGUGUUUCCUGAUUGUUGGUCUAUCUGUGACAUUGGCAUUCCUUAUUGAAACCGUUAAUAACUAUGACGAUCCAAUGGAUUUUUCAUGCCAAGGAAACAAGACUUUACGGCACCUGUCUAGUCACCACAGCAACCACCAUGAGGACAGAGUAUGGUCGAUGGGUUGCUAUGAUGCCGUAGCAAUGGUUCAUAACUGCCAGUGGACAGGCUACGUCAACGAUUUUGAUCAACCAUUUGACUUCGAGUGUCCUGGGGAGGGGUUCAUCAACGGCGUUCGUAGUAUCCAUGACAACGGGCAUGAGGAUAGACGUUGGGCAUUUCAGUGUUGUACGAUGCAAGGUCGCAUUAGACAAGACUGUCAAGACACGGGGUUUGUGAACAGCUAUGAUGGAGGUCUAUCGGUAACUACAGACCAUAAUAACAAGAACUUCCAUGGAUGGAUCAGUAUCCAUGACAACGACCAUGAGUAUGCUUAA